CGGAUGUCGGUGAAUUCGGCCGUACCAAAACACACCUGUGCGACAAAGUGAAAGUUCUGUGAUAAUUGCAGGUAAGGACGUGGUGUGGAAUGGCGAUAGAGACUGCAAGUCAACACCAGCAAGUGAAAAACAAUUUUAAAGAGAGUUUUAAACAACCAGGUGAGAUCAGCACAGAUUCAAAAUUGAGACAGUAACAACCCACAUGAACAGAGGGAGUUUAGGCAGCUUUUGAAUUGAUGAAUAUAAUGUAUCAUCCUACCUCAAUGGGUAAUGAAUACAAGAAGAUACAAAUUUUUACGUUGUGCAUAUAAGUGAAUCAUGGAUGGAGAACUGAAGAUGUAAAGUUUGAUCCGCUGUCAAUUUACUUGGUUGUAUCAUGAACAAAUAAUUACAUUAUGUAUCUAAAAUCUCAGUGAGCCAUGAAGGAAAUACUUAUUGUUAAUAUUUGUUUGGCUGUGUUGUGGUCCGCACCCAUCAAUACAGAGGCAUUUUAUACCGUGUACAAUGUAAGCAGUGAGAAUCAACCUCUAACUCAAAUCACCAUGGAUACACAAAAUGGACAUUUGUAUGUCGGAGGCAAAAACUUGGUCCUACAUUUUGAUGAAGACUUGGGUGUUGUACAGGAACAUAUUCUUGGACCAGUGCUGGACAACAGUGACUGUCCUCCGUCACCUUUGAACUGCAGUGAAGAUCGAACAUUGACACCUAAUCAUGUCCGUGUCAUGGAAAUUAAUGACCAAAAAGAUUUUAUACUCAUGUGCGGUUCAGCCAAUCAGGGACUGUGUUCCUGUCUUUCCCUCAGCAAUAUUUCAUCCAAUCAUACUCUGGUUGCCACAGACAGUGUGAAUUAUAUCGGAACUACAUCUCGUUCCACAGUUUCCGUGGUAUUCGGAUCUCCUAAUGACCAAUCUGGUAGUACAGAAAAAGUCCUUUAUGUCGCCAUGGGAAUGGACAACAGAGAUUUUAAUUUCCGUCCAAAAAUUAUGUCAACACGAGAGUUUAACUAUGUUGAUUCAUACUGGAGUUUGCUGUAUUACGUACAUGGUAAAACAUACGGGACAUAUUUAACAGCAGACGACUCUGUCCAACAUUUGUUCCAGUCGUUCUACAUCUAUUCAUUUGAGUAUGGAGACUACGUAUACCACAUCUCUGUACAAAUGAGGGACCCAUUCGGUAAUCAGACAGAAAACAACGUUUUUGUAACCAAAAUAAUACAAAUAUGUAAAAACGAUGUAGCGUACGCUUCCUACACGGAACUCCCUUUACAGUGCGAACAUGAUGGUAAAAUAUAUGAGAUUGCAACUGAUGCAUUUCUUGCAGAAGCACCGAAGCUACUCUCAAUAUGGGACAAAAAGUUGUUCGUUACAUUUGGUGUUAACAGACAACUUAAUCCUAAUCCAGACGAAAAAGAGGGAUCCGUCAUGUGCUUUUUUGAUUUUGCUGAAAUAGAUGGGAACCUUUCAGGUCUUCAAAAAGACUGCUUUUUGGGAAAUGCCAUACAACCAGCCUGGGUGUACGGUAGGAGACUGGCCGCCCCAAAGAUGUGUGCAUCCAGCUCAUUUGACAAAGCCCAGUUCUGUGGUAGUUCGAGUAACAUUGGUAUUCAAAACCAUCAACCACAACAUCGUGUACGGAGUAUGGCUACCACAUACAUACCCAACAAUGUGUUGACAUCUGUUGCUGUGGUUACCCAGGGCGACGCUACAGUGGCGGUGAUGGGCACAUAUGAUGGACAUUUACUUAAAACCAAGGUUGAUGAAGAUCACAGACAAAUGGAGCCUUAUAUGGACUUUGACCUCACAGGAAACACCAACAUUCCUGUACAACAGGACAUGCAGAUCGAUUCUAGUGAGGACCACGUGUAUGUCCUAGCCAGUAGACAGGUAGUCAAGUUCCCACUUGGUACAUGUGAAAUGUACAGCACAUGUGAAGCGUGUGUAACAGCAGACGACCCUCUGGUGUGUGGAUGGUGUGUGGACCGCUGUACAAAGAAAACAGAGUGUGUCAAACCGACACAGCCCCUGGGCACACUGACAACGUGGAGCCUGGACACCUGUUCUCCUGUCAUAUACAUUAUCACCCCGGAAACUGCUCCUUUAGAGGGACAAACACCUAUCACCAUCCACGGUCACAACUUCGGGUCAAUCCAUGCUCAGGAAUGGCAGGCUCGUGUAGGCAACUUGGAAUGUAAAGUCAGCUACAGAAACUUCACAAGUCUAGUCUGCAUUGCUCCACCAGUGACGAUGGCUGAAUCACUACCUGUGUCUGUGAAAAUUUCUGACGACACAAAAACAGGAAUCAAGUAUAAAAUCGAGGGGACUUAUUCUCUGUCGACAGCUCUCUUCCACUACAAGUCGCCAAAGAUGGCCAACUUUACGCCCAGUUUUGGACCAAUGUCUGGUGGAACAAUCGUGGUUAUCAAGGGAGAUAACCUAGAUAUUGGGAAGGACCGUUCUGUGAGGGUAGCCAACGUUCCUUGUAUUUUGAAGAGUCACAACAUGACCAUGAUUACCUGUGAGACGACAGCCUGGACACCCGGAGGAGGGGCCGGCCGAGUGGUCAGCGGCCCGGUGGAGGUCACUAUAGACGGGACAAAAUUCCCCAUCUAUGCAGAUUUUACCUAUAUGACCGAUUCUACCAUCUCUAAUGUGUCCCCACCACGAUCUAUUGCCAGUGGCGGUAUCAACCUAACUGUGAAGGGGACAAAUUUACACAUCGUGGCUGAUCCUCAGAUAGGAGUCACGAUUGUCAAGACCCAGAAGACACCUCCCACCAAGAAAUGUAAAGCUGCUGCUAAUGGCCGCACAAUGUACUGCCCAUCGGUCAACAUCACCGGCUAUGUUGAUGAACAAUUCCCUAUCCGGUCAGAGGAAUAUCACAUUUGGUUCAAAAUGGAUGGCAUCAAAGAACUUGAUCAGAAGAAUUUUGUCGACCAGGGAUGGGCAAUAUUUCGAUACUAUCCCGACCCCAACUUCUACAAGUUCAGUGACAGUGGGCAUUUGCGUUACAUGGAUAUCACGGAGACAAAUUUGGAAAUUAAGGGAGAGCACUUAAACCUGGGAAUAUCUGUUGGGGAUAUGGCCAUCAGGGUAGGGAAUAUUCCAUGUAACAUCACCAAGCUAAAGGACACCUUCCUGCACUGUACCGUACAUAACAGACCUACCGAGGCUUCCUCCCAGAAAUACCGUGUCACAGUCACAGCAGGUGGUAUAAAGACAGAUAUUGGAUUUCUGGUCUUCACCAUGACAGACGACGCAACUCCAAUCAUGACCAUCAUUCUCGUUGUAACCGCCAUCGUUGUUAUUAUUCUUGUCAUCAUCUUAUGUAUCGUUUUGAAGAAAAAGCAAAUGUUCCUAUUCAAAAAGCCAUCAGAUCCUUACAUGGCUCACUACAUGGCUGUCCGCACAGAGGCUAAUGGCCAGAGGGUUAUUGACAAUCAGAAUCAAGCCAAUGACUAUGCAGAACAGCGGAUGUCAGAGAGCGGAGCAGCAGCCUCGCUUCUGUCGGGUAUCGAUGAUGACACACUGUUGGUUCUCCGAGACAAAAACCUUCUAAUAGAGCGAGAGUGGCUCACCCUUGGAGAUAUCCUAGGAAGAGGUAACUUUGGCUGUGUACACCAGGGCUAUCUGACCCUCCCAGGGGCCAAAGGAGACACGCUGGUCGCAGUCAAAACAUUACACAAUGACAGUCCAAGAGAAAUUGAUGUUCAGAGUUUCCUUGAGGAGGCCAUGCGUAUGAAAGAUUUCCACAAUGACAACGUACUGACCCUGGUUGGAAUCUGUUUCGGAAUGGAUGACAUGCCCUUGGUUGUGCUGCCAUAUAUGAGCCAUGGUGAUCUCUUAACCUAUAUACGUAACGAAGAAAAUAAUCCAACUAUAAAAGACUUGAUUGUGUAUGGAAUAGACAUAGCACAGGGAAUGGACUAUCUCUCCGGACUUAAGUUUGUUCACAGAGAUCUGGCCGCCAGAAACUGUAUGUUGGAUGAGAACUUUAAGGCCCUAGUAGCUGACUUUGGUCUGUCCAGGGAUAUCUAUGAGCGGGACUACUACAGCAGUGACAACAAAAAGAGUAAACUACCGGUCAAGUGGAUGGCCCCAGAAUGUCUCGAGAAGGGCAACUAUAACUCAAAGUCAGAUGUGUGGUCCUUUGGUAUCUGCCUGUGGGAGCUAAUGACAAGGGGAGUUAACCCUUACCCAGAGGUCGAUAACUGGGACGUGUUGAGAUACAUCAAGGCGGGUAGAAGGAUGCCACAGCCUCCAUUCUGUCCCGAUAGUCUAUACAAAAUCAUGAAAAAGUGCUGGAUGUUUAACCCCAGUGAGCGUCCCACCUUCUCAGAACUGGCUCAUGAGGUACGUGAGAUGGUCACUAUUUUACAACAUCAGAUGAGACAGGGACAGAAGCGGAGUAACAUACAAAGUACUUACGUUAACGUAGAAACUGCCACUGACUAUCACUAUGGCGACGCCAGCCAGUCGGCCAUCAUGACACCUGAUGCCACGGAGCAUGACAUUGAACCAACAGAACCGAACACUACCGAGCCAUCAGAACCAAACACUACCAUAGCAUAGUCCCAACGCUCAAUAACCAUACUACCUAGGUAGCUACAUGAUCAUACCAUUAAAAAUGUUCUUACCAUUUAGAUAGAAUUUAAUAUGUAUGUCUUCAUUGUGUCAUAGAUUGUUUUGUGGCAUCAAAUGCCUGGACUGGAAAUAUUCAGGAAGUAUGUGUGUAAAAUUGGCAAUGCCUGUCUGGAGCUAUGUGGACUGUUUGGUGCUGAAUCUGUCCUGGUGAAAUACAUGUAUCACUUCAUUGCUGUCUGUCCCAUUUCUGUUAUGGAGGUGAUGUUUGAUUAUUGUUUUAAUAGAUAAAAUGUCUGUUUGCAAAUGAAACCUUAGCCUAUGAACACCUUUUUAGUUAUGAUAUCAUUCUGCAAAAUUUGAAAUAAAAUGAACGGGAGGGGGGGGGGACUUUUUGAAUAUACCAGCCUUUUCUCAAAAUUCAAGACUGUGUUCAUGUUCAUACACACCUUUAACCCUUUCACCCCUAUGCAACUUUAGUAGACUCUACCAUGCAUUGAUCUGGACGAGUCCAUUAUGGUCUACAGUGUUGAAGGGGUUAAUUAACUGUGUUGAAUAGUAAGCUGGACAACUUUGGGUUUUUAUCUUCUCAAAAACGUUUUAAUUUAAUUGACUGAAGUAGAAUAUUUUUAGCAACAAAUUUGGGGACUGGGAAAAGAGUGUCAUAUUGUCAUGGGUUCAAGUCAUGAAGGUGAGGUUAAAGGUUAAAGUUCACCACAAGAAACCUUCUUAAUCUGUGAUAACAUCUGCUUUCAAAUCUGUGAAAAUUGGUUAAAACUGAUUCUCCAAAAAUCUUAUUUGCAACAUAAUUAUGAAAUAGACGGCAAAUGAAUCAUCUCCAUGACAACAUCUAUGUUAAGUUAAGAAGGUGUUGUAAUUAGAGAUAUUGUUGUUUUUACAUUGUUGAUAUAUUUUAUGAAAAUGUAAAAUUUUAUUCCCAAGGGUAACCAACACUUUACAAAAAUUGCUUUAUAUACACACAGAUACACAGAUUUAUUCUGACUGUAGGAAAUUGUACACUUUCCUCUGCUGUCAGCUCAGUUAUAUAUAUGCAGAACACAUUCCAAGAUGUAUGGAGGAGGUAUAGUAAUUUACAAGGAACUCUUUUGUAAGACACCAGUAAAAUGUACUAUGUCACCCUGUAAGACAAUGUUAGGGAGAUAUGUUUGUAUAGUUAUUACAUGACAAACUGUUUGUGAAGAUGACCAUGUAGAAUGAGUGAUUGACUCACUUCUAUUUUUGGACAUAUCAUUUUUGUAACAUUCUUCGUGAUCAUUAAAAGUGCUGCACAAAAAUUGUGUGUACAUUUUUCAGGACAAAACGCUGAAAAAUAAACAGUUCUUGAAGGACAGUUUGAAUGGAAGGUCAGGAUGGUGUCUUCUGAUAAUUCAGAAUGCUUUUAUUAUUUUCUGCAAAAAAAUAUAAAAAUAAGUAGCUUUACUUAAAUUUAUUUAAAAAAAGAUGUUAGUAUUAAAUAGUUUCUAAUUAAAUAAAACUCAUUAUUGAUGCUCAAACAAAUUUCAUACUAGUAUUCAAGGUCAACCAACAGUAAUACAUGAAUGAAUAUGCAUAAAAUAUAGCUUUUCUGUAAGGUUAUAUAGCUUUAUAAUCAUUAUUAUAGGAUUAAUAAUUCAACUUAAAUUGAGGUUGUAUAGAAAUGGAUUAAUGUACAAAUUUAAUCAUAUUUAAUUUACUCACAAAUUCUGGUAAUCAAGUUAAAUGCAUGAUCGGUAAUUAAUUUGCGAAUAUUUUAUACAAUGUAUGUAGAAGUAUAUAUAUAUA